AGCAACAUAAACUCAACGCACAAAAAUUUACAGCAAAUUUGAUAGAAAAAAUCGAAACCCAGAAAAGAGCAAUGUUAGAGAGCAGAUUAAUUUCACUUCUGAGGCAAAACAAAGAUUUGGGUGUCAAGAUUUCGUCGAAUCUUGGAAAAUGGGGCUUUACAGCAGCCAAAAUUUCAAAUGAAGCUUCAUUUUCGACAUUGAAUCAGUAUAGGCUUUUAUCUUCUCUUCCAAAGCUUGCUCCUUCUAGCAGAAACUUUGUUAGAAGGACCUUUGUUAACUAUGGUUUAAGAUCUUUUCAUCAUCUUAAUCACAAGGGUGUGCAUAGAACGUCUUUCAGAAAAAUUUCCACGGUGGCUGCUUCUGCAGCUGAAAACAAGGAGGGACUGAAGUUCCUUGUAACUGCUGGACCCCAUGCCCGGAAAAUGGUCGGCAUAUGGCUUUUUACAUCUGCUGCUUGGGUCUUCAGUAUGGUUGUGCUUGGUGGUAUCACACGGCUGACACGUUCUGGUCUAUCAAUGACGGACUGGAAAUUUACUGGGAGCCUUCCUCCUCUAACAGAUGAAGAUUGGUUGGUUGAAUUUGAGAAGUACAAGCAAUCCCCAGAAUACAAAUGUGUGAACAAGGGGAUGAACAUUGAGGAUUUCAAGUUCAUAUAUUGGAUGGAAUAUGCACACAGAAUGUGGGGAAGGGCCCUUGGUAUAAUGUUUGCACUCCCAUUCUCAUAUUUUCUCCGUAAGGGAUACAUAACAGUAAGACUUGGAUUUAGACUCUCUGGACUCUUUGCUCUUGGUGCUGGACAGGGGCUCAUAGGUUGGUGGAUGGUGAAAAGUGGUUUAGAGGAGCCAGCAUCUGAGUAUGUUGAACCAAGAGUUAGCCCCUACCGCCUUGCAGCUCAUCUUACCUCCGCAUUUGCUAUUUAUUGCGGACUCUUUUGGACAGCUCUUUCUGUUGUUAUGCCUGAACCUCCUGCUGAAUCACUUGCCUGUGUUCGUGGGGCUGCAAAAGUUAAGCGGCUUGCACUUCCUGUGGGUAUCCUUGUUGGAAUUACUGCUAUCUCUGGAGCUUUUGUUGCUGGAAAUGACGCUGGCCGGGCAUUCAAUACUUUUCCAAAGAUGGGAGAUACAUGGAUUCCAGAUGAUAUCUUUAGUAUGAAGCCUCUUAUCCGCAACUUCUUUGAGAAUACUUCAACAGUUCAGCUUGAUCAUCGUAUACUUGCCACUGCUACUUUAGCUGCAAUAGGCGGAUUAUGGUUGUCAGCCAGAAAGCUGGAUAUGCAUCCUGCAGUACGACAUUUAAUUGGAAGCACCAUGGGCAUGGCGGCUCUGCAGGUUACAUUGGGCAUAUCUACUCUUCUUUCCUAUGUCCCAGUUUCUCUAGGAACUGCUCAUCAGGCAGGAGCAUUGACUCUUUUAACAUUCAUGAUUUUGCUCAAUCACACUGUACGACGACAUUCUCCAUCACUUCUGAAGACAUUACCUUCUGUCACGAAAAUGGUCUGAUGAUAUUGAUACCGUUUACUUCUUAUAGAGCAUCGACAUUGUUAGGCAUUUUAAAUUUUGAAAUAGUGCAUUUUUUUUCUGCCCUUAUUCUCAUAUGUUCUUGUGAAAUUUAGAAUGAUUAAUCUUGUAAAGAACCUGUAAUCUUGUACUUUUGUCUAUGCUCAUUCAAUGAGUUUUAAGAAAAUCAACUUUAACAGAGUGGGGGAAAGGAAAAUUCCUCCUUGUUGA